AUGGCAGAUCAGCGCGCUCUCCCCGCAUCCCUCUCCCCGCGUCCCUCUCCCCUGCUCGUCCCCACCCCUCCGCCUGCCCCUUCUCCCCUCCUCCGCCCUCCUGCUCCACUCGCUGCUCCCCCUCGGCUCGUUCUGCCAAACCCAAGCCACGAGCACCCGCAUUCUCACCCCCCCCUUCCCCUCUCCGCACAUCCCCUCCACACUCCGCCUCCUCUUCCCCCUCCGCGCAGUCGCCCUUCACUGCUGUCCCCCUCGGCGCUCCCCCUACCACUGGCACUCAAACCGGUUUCUGCGGGCUCUCGAGGAGGCGGCGAUAGAGGCGCGCGGUCAGCGGGAGUAGCGCUGGUGGUAGGGACGGCGGUGGCGGUGGUGGAGGCGGUGGCAGCAGUCCGCGCGGCCGCCCUUACACUGCCUUUUCGCGCCGCCGCCGCUUUGGCUGCUGCCGCUCUGGCCUGUGAUGCUCAGAGCGACGAUGCUGCUUCCGCCGCUGCAGCCGCCGGGAUCCCCCCAUGCGCGCCCUCAUCCGUCAUUGGCCUCCUUGCGCCUCUGCUGUCGUGGUUUUACGCCAUCGCGAAUUGCUUCUUCUUGCUCUCGUCGUCUACUGUCGUUCUGUCUGUCGAUGUUUCGUCGCCGUCCGUCGGUGUCUCGUCGCCCUGCCUAUCGCUUUGA